UCGUUUUACGGCAAGGAGCAAUCUUCCACAUGGCCUCGUCCAGUCAGGCUGUGGUCUGAGUGUUUAACGUUGUGUCACUAAAUCUGAAUGAUCGAGAGAGAUAAGUGGACGUUGCAAUCAUAGGUCACACCUAAAUAAAGUUAUGGGUAAAAGUAGAACCACUAAAUUUAAACGUCCGAAGUUUGACGCGGUCGGUUUGCCGGUGAACGCUGUGAAAGAAGUGGACGCUGUGGAGGAAGAACACGGGGAUGACGACUCUCCUGCUGCGGAAUUACUGGAGAAAUUGCAGAGUCCGAGUGCAGACGUGCGAGAGUUUGCAUGUGCCAGUAUCUCAAGGGUGGUGCAGCAGAGCCAGACCAUCCCUGGUUUCCUGCAGAGGGGCACAGUGAGGCGCCUGGGGCCCAUGAUGCUGGACGGCAGCUUGGCUGUCCGAGAAACGGCCACAGGAGCGCUCAGGAACCUGAGUACAUGUGGUGGUCAGGAGGUGUGUGAGGACAUGGUGAAGGACGACGUCAUGACUCCUCUGACAGCGCUGCUUAGAGAGUGCUGUGCUGGUUUUGAGAGUGCUGUUGUGCAGAUGAAAGACCAGAAGAAUCCAGUGGAGGAGGUAGCUAAUGAAGCAGUGAAUUUACUCUGGAAUCUAUGUGAGAGCAGCAGCCAGGCGUUGUCUGUGUUCAACAAGGCGGGUCUUCUGGACCUGGUCGUCCAGUGUCUGGAGAGACAUCCACACAAUAUCGAACUGGCCAUAUCUGCCGGCCACUGUUUGCACACUGUGACUGAGGACAACCCAGAGCUGCUGUGCAGCAUCAACAGCACCGUGCUCGGCGCCCUGGAGACCCUGCUGCUGUCAUCUCAACCCAGCAUGGCACACACUCUGCUCAGGACUCUGGCUGCAGGGACCCUGUGGAACUUGAAGGGUAAUCUGCCUGCUGCUCGUCAGGCCCAGGCUCUUAACGCUGUAGUGGCCACCUUGUCCCAAUGCCUGGAUCUUGACACCUGCACGCUCAUCCUUGAACUGAGGCAAGCAGAAGAGGUUCGUCACACCAACGAGCCGGCUACGGCAGACAGGGAUGAACAAGCUACUGGGGAACUCGCUGUGGAGGAGAUGAAUGAGGAGGAAGAGGAGGAGGAGGCACCUAAACAGAGGAAUGGGAAAGCAGGAAAGGGUGAUAAAGAUUUCUCCGACCUCCUGCCUAGGUGCAGGGAGGAGCUGAGGGAGGCUACGGCCUUGUUGACAGCCCAGCAGACGUCCUUAGAGAUCAUCGUCAACAUGUGCUGCUCUGACGACCCAUCUGAUGACGAGUGGGAGGAGGAGUCGAGCAGCGACGAAAGCGACGUGUGUCCAGACGGUCUUCAUGACGGAGAGUCCAGUCUGAUGUCUCCACUGUGUUUGUCAGCGGAGGUUCACGGUGCACUUAUCAACCACAGCGUCCCUGAAAAGGUCCUCAAAAAAACAGAGUUCCCCAGAAAGGAGGCCACAGAUGUGUGCCAUCAGAGUCCGUCUUGGAGAUGCCUGAUAAAAAAGAUACGGCGCGUACAGUCCCGGGCUCUGACAUGCCUCCACAGCCUCCUCUCCACCAUGGACGCGGAGUCUCUGGGAGGACCAGCAGCCCUGCAGGGAGCGGCACAGCACCUGUCCACCUUGGUUUUUGGAGCAGCAGAGAUAUCCAAAGACGAGGAGUUCCUUGAGGCCGUCAUCAGUGCCAUGCGAUCGCUUUUACAGAUGAUCGUCUCUAAAAAUAUCCCCCAGUGCAUGACCCCCCAGCAGCUGAUGAGCCUGAGCGAAGCGGCCACCCGCUGUGACGUCGUCAGCGUGAGGGUCAACGCGGUCGCCAUCCUGGGCAUCACGGGCAGCACUUUAGCCAAAGAGAAAGGCACUGCUGAAACCCUUCAGAUGAUCGGAAACGCCUUACUUGAAGUUGCCACGAGGGACACCGACCUCGUUGUGAACGGAGAAGCCCUCGACGCCCUGUUUGAUGUUUUUGCCGAUGGCGAUGAGGCGGAGACGGCCGCUGCAAACAUUCAGUUACUACCUGCACUUAAAGCACUUCAACCUGUCUUUAAGGCCAAGAUCCGCAAAGAGGGCAGAGGAAAGUACAGCCCUCAGCAGCUGUGCGUGUUGGACAACAUCAAAGUCAACCUGAGAAGAUUCAUUGGUUAUCUGGAGAAGGUGGUGAAAAAAUGAGAGCUUUUCAUCGAUGCGUUACUUCCCAUGCAUUGCUUGGAUGCAUACAGUACUUCAUGCUAGCACAAGCAUUGAACCAGAAAAUGGUUGUGAACCCGAAUGGUAUUUAUUUUCUUUCUAGUAAACCAAAUGCCAAUGCUUGGUUUCAGUGUCUAUAUUCUCUAAAUAACGAUUUACUUUUGUGAAAGUUCUUUUGUGAAGACUGAAUAAUGAGUUCUCAGUCACUUUUGAAUAGAGGAGAUGUGGGGAGCUGAGCUGAUGGCAUGUUUUGACCGUGGUGUCCUUAUUUUAGCCCCAUAUUUCUUCUGUGGGAUUAACAUGUGACGUUUUGCAUUUACAGCAGAACGGAGUGUUAUUGGUAUCAGCUUCACGACUAUAUGUAAAGAGUUUGCUUCAUGGAAUCAUUGUUUUGUUGAAUAAAUAAAUAGUUUAAACACAA